UUCUCAUUAUACAAGUCAAGCUUUUUGCAUUAACGUAAAGAUAUGGAAAUUCCAAUUAUUCACUGGGGUUUAGAAUUGGCUCUCAGUUUUCUUGGUUUAUGGCCAAAUAAACGAAAUUAUCUAAUCCCUCAACUUUUGUUAUGUUCGUCGAUUUUUGUAAUUUCACCUUUUCAACUGCAAGAUAUUCUGGUCAAUAAAAAUAAAGGACAGAUGUUUGACGUUAUUCGUGAUAUGAUUGUAAUUAUUUUCUUGGUGCUUAAAUUUUUAAUAUUGUUUUUUAAUAAAGGCAAUCUGCAUUCUCUUUUAAUGGAUUUAGAUAAGGAUUGGAAAGCUAUGAAAAAUUCCAAAGACGAAGCAAUAAUGAUGAAAUACGUGAAAUACGCUCAAAAAUUUUGUUUUUUUGAAUGGUCGCUUUAUUCAUUUACUACUUUUGCAUACUUUACCGAAUUUUUCAUUCUCUAUCUUACGAAUUCAUCAGAUCAGAGAAUAUUAUUAAUACCAGCAAAAUAUCCUUUUGAUAUUAAUCCUUUGCCAGUUUUUAUAGUUGCAACACUUUUUCAAUGUGCCUUAUUUGUAUGCUGGACUUGUGCUAAUUCUUUGUCUGAAACCUUACUUGGCACAUUGGUAUUUCAUCUUGUGGGAAAAAUUGAAAUUUUACAGAAUGGAAUUAGAAACAUAUCAUUUCCUAAGCAUUCGACGGAGAAUCGUUAUUUAAUAAUUUAUAUUAAGACAAUUGCCAAUGAACAUCGAAAAUUAUUACGCAUGAGUGAAAAAAUGGAAAUGAUCUACAGCUAUAUUUGCUUAAGUCAAAUCUUGGAGAGUACUAUCUCACUAUGUCUUAGUUCCAGUAUUCCUCAAAGUAUAUGUGAUUGUUCUUGGUACGAAGCAUCACCUGAAAACAUUAAACUUUUGCUAAUUAUUAUUAUGAGAACGCAGCAUCCAAUAACACUGACUGUUGGAAAAUUUACUGAAUUGUCAAUAAAGAGUUUUGCAAAAGGUUGCCACGCAACAUUGAAACCUAGAGAACCUAGAAAUGUCAGGGAAUUUUAUAAACCUUGA